AUGGCGGAGAGGCCCGUGGAUGUGAGCGCUCUGCCGCCGGAGGUCCGGGAGCAGCUGGCUGAGCUCGACCUGGAGCUGUCCGAGGGUGACAUCACACAAAAAGGAUACGAGAAGAAGAGGGCCAAGUUACUCGCCCCGUACACGACCCAGACACAAAAUUUGACUCCGCCCCCACAGUAUGAUGGACAGGAACCUGGUCCAAGUUCUGCUACUGUACCUAGCAACGCCUCCUCAAGCUCCUCCUCCUCUCGGCAUCGUCGUGCACGGCGAGCACACAGGAGCGGUGGCACUCGGGAUGAGCGUUACAGAUCAGAUAUACACACUGAAGCUGUUCAGGCUGCUUUGGCCAAACACAAAGAAGAGAAAAUGGCACUGCCGAUGCCGACCAAACGCCGCUCAGCGUACGUGCAGUCACCCAUCGACAACUGCAGCCCACCAGACUCGUCCUCGUCCUCGGAUGAUGAAAGCGAGUCGGGGGCCAGCGGGGGUCAGCAGCCAUCUCCAGACUCGUGGAUGAACAGCUCCAUCCCGGGUUCCUCCACCUCGUCCUCCUCAGCAUCCUCCACCAUGUCUCAUGGAGAGUCUCGUCCUCCUCAGGCCCCUCAGCCACAGAGUCAACACACACACACACAGCCACCACACUCGCACUCGCAGCCGUCCGCCCUCGCCGAGGCCUUCGCCCACGCCUGCAUCGAUCCAGCAGGACUCGGUGGUCUGGGUGCUGAUGGCGAGUCUUCGAAUCAGACACGAAAUCGAGGAUCACGUGUGGAUCUGCCGUCUAACGCCGUGGUGAGAGGAAUGAGUCGUGGACAGAGCAGAUCCAGCAUGAUUGAGACCGCAGACGGUGUUCCUGUGUCCAGUCGUGUGUCCACUAAGAUCCAGCAGCUUCUCAACACCCUGAAACGACCCAAACGACCUCCACUCAGCGAGUUUUUCAUGGAUGACCAAGAGGAGAUUGUAGAAGUCCCUCGGCCGGACCCGAACACCCCGAGGCCGGAGGGCCGUCAGAUAAUCCCAGUGAAGGGAGAGCCGCUGGGCGUGGUCAGUAACUGGCCCCCCGCCCUGCAGGCUGCACUGGCCCGAUGGGGUGCUACUCAGGGCAAAAGCCCCGCCCUCACAACCCUGGACAUUACAGGAAAACCACUCUACACUCUCACAUAUGGGAAACUGUGGAGUCGUAGUGUUAAACUGGCCUACACCCUUCUGAACAAACUGGGAACCAAGAACGAGCAGGUGCUCAAGCCUGGAGACCGGGUGGCACUCGUGUACCCGAACAGUGACCCAGGCAUGUUUUGGGUGGCAUUUUAUGGCUGUUUGCUGGCAGAGGUCAUUCCUGUGCCAAUAGAGGUGCCGCUGUCCCGCAAGGAUGCAGGCAGCAGUCAGGUGGGCUUCCUGUUAGGGAGCUGUGGUGUGAGUCUCGCGCUGACCAGUGAGAUCUGUCUGAAGGGUCUCCCGAAGACCUCCACUGGAGAAAUCCUGCAGUUCAAAGGCUGGCCAAGACUGAAGUGGGUGAUUACUGACUCUAAAUAUCUCACCAAACCUUCGAAAGACUGGCAGCCGCACAUCCCCACUGCUAACACCGACACGGCGUAUAUAGAGUAUAAGGCGAGUAAGGAUGGGACAGUGGUGGGCGUAGCUGUGUCGAAGAUAGCCAUGCUAACACACUGUCAGGCGCUCUCACAGGCCUGUAACUACUGCGAGGGUGAAACACUGGUGAACGUUUUGGACUUUAAGAAGGACAUGGGUCUUUGGCACGGCAUCCUCACAAGUGUGAUGAACCGGAUUCAUGCCAUCAGUGUCCCAUAUGCAGUAAUGAAGGCGUGUCCUCUGUCUUGGGUCCAGCGUGUUCACAUACACAAAGCACGUGUUGCCUUGGUGAAGUGUCGUGACCUGCACUGGGCCAUGAUGGCACACAAGGAGCAGAGAGACAUCAGUCUGUCUUCACUGCGUAUGCUGAUCGUCGCUGAUGGAGCCAAUCCCUGGUCUGUGUCAUCAUGUGAUGCGUUCCUGAACGUGUUUCAGUCUCAUGGGUUGAAGCCGGAGGUGAUUUGUCCGUGUGCCACGUCCCCCGAGGCCAUGACUGUGGCCAUACGCAGACCUGGAGUUCCCGGUGCUCCACUCCCCGCCCGGGCCGUGCUCUCCAUGACGGGUCUGAGUCACGGGGUCAUCAGGGUCAACACAGAGGACAAGAACUCCGCCCUCACUGUGCAGGACGUGGGUCAUGUGAUGCCUGGAGCACUGAUGUGUAUCGUGAAGCCAGACGGGCCGCCGAUGCUCUGUAAGACGGAUGAAAUUGGAGAGAUCGUGGUAAACUCUCGCGCCGGAGGAACCUUGUACUACGGCCUGCAGGGAGUCACCAAGAACACGUUUGAGGUGAUCCCUGUGAAUGCGAGUGGAACUCCUAUCGGGGAAAUCCCGUUCGUGCGCUCAGGACUGCUGGGAUUUGUCGGACCAGGUAGUCUGAUAUUCGUGGUGGGGAAGAACGAGGGCUUGCUGAUGGUCAGUGGGCGUCGCCACAACGCUGACGACCUGGUGGCUACAGCUCUCGCCGUGGAGCCGGUCAAGACCGUGUACAGGGGCAGGAUCGCAGUGUUCUCAGUGACGGUGUUCUACGAUGAGCGGAUUGUGAUUGUAGCGGAACAGAGACCUGAUGCGAGUGAAGAGGACAGUUUUCAGUGGAUGAGCAGAGUGCUACAGGCCAUAGACAGCAUCCAUCAGGUGGGUCUGUACUGCCUGGCUCUGGUUCCUGCGAACACGCUGCCCAAAACUCCUCUGGGUGGAAUUCACAUCUCAGACACUAAGCAGCUCUUCCUGGAGGGGGCGCUGCAUCCCUGCAACAUCCUGGUGUGCCCCCACACAUGUGUAACCAACAUGCCCAAGCCUCGGCAGAAACAACCAGUGGGUGUAGGUCCUGCCUCCAUCCUGGUUGGGAACCUGGUUGCUGGAAAGAGAAUCGCUCAGGCAGCAGGAAGAGAUCUGGGAAUGAUCGAGGACCAAGAUCUGGUCAGAAAGCAUCAGUAUCUGACCGAGGCUCUGCAGUGGAGAGCACAGACAGACCCGGACCACGUGCUGUACGUACUGCUGAAUGCAAAGGGUGUUGCAGUUUGCACAGCUACGUGUGUACAACUUCACAAAAGGUCUGAGAAGAUCGCCGCUGCUCUCAUGGAGAGAAGUGGAAUUAGCAUCGGAGAGAACGUUGUGCUGUUAUACCCACCAGGUAUUGAUCUAAUUGCAGCGUUUUAUGGCUGUCUGUACGCCGGUUGUAUUCCCGUCACCGUGAGGCCACCACACCCACAGAACCUCUCAGCCACGCUGCCUACAGUCCGCAUGAUCAUCGACGUGAGUAAAGCCGCCUGCAUCCUCACCACGCAGAUUCUCACCAAGAUUCUCAGAUCUAAAGAAGCCGCUGCUUCAGUCAACAUAAAAACCUGGCCCAUUAUAAUAGACACAGAUGAUCUUCCUCGUAAACGUCCUCCAAACGUCUACAAACCUCCGUCUGCCGACGUGAUCGCUUACCUGGACUUCAGCGUGUCCACCACGGGCAUGCUCACGGGAGUCAAGAUCUCUCACUCGGCAGUCAGCGCUCUGUGUCGCUCCAUAAAGCUGCAGUGUGAGCUGUACUCCUCUCGCCAACUCGCCAUCUGCCUCGAUCCGUACUGCGGACUCGGCUUCGUGCUCUGGUGUCUCGCCAGUGUGUACUCAGGUCAUCAGUCCAUCCUGAUUCCUCCUCUGGAGUUGGAGAGUUCGUUGUCUCUGUGGUUGAGCACGCUGAGUCAGUACCGCAUCAGAGACACCUUCUGCUCCUACUCCGUCAUGGAGCUGUGUACCAAAGGACUCGGGGGACAAACCGACAUGCUGAAGGCUCGGGGAGUGAACCUGGCAUGUGUGAGGAGUUGUGUGGUUGUAGCUGAAGAACGUCCACGUCUGGCUCUCACUCAGUCCUUCUCCAAACUGUUUAAAGACCUCGGGCUCUCCACUCGCGCCGUCAGCACCGCCUUCGGCUCCAGAGUCAACCUCGCCAUCUGUCUACAGGGUACAACUGGACCAGACCCCUCUACUGUGUAUGUUGACAUGAAGUCCCUCCGACAUGACAGGGUGAGGCUGGUCGAGAGAGGUGCGCCUCAGUCUCUUCCUCUGAUGGAGUCUGGAACAAUCCUUCCUGGUGUGAGGGUUGUGAUCGUAAAUCCUGAGACUAGGGGACCACUGGGAGACUCUCAUCUGGGAGAGAUCUGGGUGAACAGUCCUCACACAGCGUCUGGUUACUACACCAUCUACGGAGAGGAGAGUCUGCAGGCCGACCACUUCAACACCAAGCUCAGCUUCGGAGAUCCACACACACUGUGGGCCAGGACGGGGUACCUCGGCUUCGUCAAGAGGACCGAGCUCACCGACUCCAGCGGGGAGAGACAUGAUGCUCUGUUCAUCGUUGGUUCUCUGGAUGAGACUCUGGAGUUGAGAGGACUGCGCUAUCACCCCAUUGAUAUAGAGACCAGCGUGCAGCGAGCUCACCGCAGCAUCGGAGAGAGCGCCGUGUUCACCUGGACUAACCUGCUGGUGGUGGUGUCGGAGCUGUGCGGCUCGGAGCAGGACGCGCUGGACCUGGUGCCUCUGAUCACCAACGUGGUCCUGGAGGAACAUCACCUGAUCGUGGGCGUGGUGGUGAUCGUGGACCCCGGCGUCAUCCCCAUCAACUCCCGCGGAGAGAAGCAGAGGAUGCACCUGAGAGACUCCUUCCUGGCCGAUCAGUUAGACCCCAUAUACGUGGCCUACAACAUGUGACGAGAACAUCUCCAGAUCUUCACCUGCUUCACGCUCAGAUUGAGUUCUCAUCAUGGGCUGUGAGUAAAAGAAAUAAAUGUAAAAGAAAUAAAUAAAUAAUCAGGUCCAGUCACUAUAAUUUAUUAUUUACAAUCACAUCGCUGUUCUCUUCGUUAUGUUCAGUGGUUUAGUCGCCGUUCCUCUCACCGAGCUCUCCGUUUCAGCACUUCCUAACGUCAUUU